UGUAUAUAUAUAUAUAUAUAGUAGAAUAUCAAGUUUGUUUGAUCGAUAAACCCUAAAUUAGGUCAAUAAUGUUGUCAUCAGUAACCAAAAUCACUAGAGGAAUCAAAUCGUCACACUCUGUACUUAUUAUUACCGAUAAUUAUAUUAAUAAUACACCCAAAUAUUUGUACCAACGAUUGUCAAGAGGUUAUAGUUCAGUAAAUUCAUACAAACAUUUAUUUUUUAACAACAACAAUAAAUACACCUUUCACGGAACAAUAAUUAAUCAUUUUUCUGAUAAUUCAUCAAAUGUAUCUCAUUCAGAAUUGAAUAAUGUGGAGUUUGAAAAAAUAUCAAAUGAGACACUUGACUCAUUAACGGAGUAUUUUGAUGAAUUAAUUGAGGACGCAACACAUCUAGAUGAUGCUGAUGUAUCCUAUGGGGAUGGUGUGCUGACAAUUAAAUUUGGUGGUGAAUACGGGACGUACGUUAUAAAUCGACAAACACCAAAUAAACAACUGUGGUUAUCAUCGCCGACGUCCGGACCUAAACGGUAUGAUUUUAUUGACGGUACUUGGAUUUAUAAACACGAUAGUAAAUCUCUUCAUGAAUUACUAGACACUGAAAUUCCGAAAAUUAUAAAUAAAAGCACAUCAUUUCACGAUAAUUGUUCAUACAGCAGCAAACGUAUUAAAUAAAAAUUGCUUAUUGCUAAAUAAA